UUUGUUCGGAGGUUGGAGUCCCCUGGCCAGCAAGGCCUACAAAAGUCAGCAUGGCAAAGAUCUGCACAGACCAGUCCUACCCGGCAACGACCAGGCAACAGCCGCUUCUCGGCACACCCGAUGAUGACCUGGACUCCAUCGAGAACGAAACCUCCAGGGCCAACUCAGAGUGUGAGGACACGUUGUCAGAGGUUCAGGGUGCUGUCUCUGUGUUAACCAGCAGACACACAGAGUCUCACAGAGAUUCCUUUACAGGGUCAGGAGCCCUGGCCAGGCUCUCUCACUUCCUGUUCAUGCUGCGGACCUGGGCCUCUCACAAGAUGCACCACGAGGUGGAGAGACCGGACUCCUUCCUGGAGCGCUUCAGGGGCCCUGAGCUCAAAGAGGCCUCCAGCAGAGAGAGCAACGCACAGUCACUGGGAUACCCCGACAGAGUCCGCAAGAGGAAUCAGUGGACUCUGGCUAUGUACAAUAUGAACAACUGCAACAACACAGAUGAAGAGAAAUCAUGUUUCAGGAAAGAGAUUUGGAUCAUGGACCCAUCAGCAGAUCAUUACUACAGAUGGCUGACCAUCAUCGCUGCACCAUGCUUCUACAACCUCAUGAUACUAGUGACCAGGGCAUGUUUUAAUGAACUCCAGAGCACAUACACGACUCUGUGGAUUGUCCUGGACUACACCUCAGACUUAAUCUACUACACAGACACAUUCGUCAGGUCUAGAACAGGUUUUCUGGAACAGGGACUGCUUGUGAAAGACAACAAGAAGCUUAGAGACAAAUACAAAUCAACGCCACAGUUCAAAUGGGACAUGAUUUCAAUGAUACCCACAGACCUGCUGUUUCUGAAAGUGGGUUUCAACUACCCCGAGCUCCGACUGAACCGACUCGCAAAGAUGAACCGUCUCUUUGAGUUCUUUGACCGCACUGAAACCAGAACCAGCUUCCCCAACAUUUUCCGAAUCAGCAACCUGGUACUUUACAUCCUGAUCAUCAUCCACUGGAACGCCUGCAUCUUCUUCGCCAUCUCCAAGACCAUCGGGUUCGGGUCUGACACCUGGGUGUACCCCAACAUCAGUCAUCCUGAGCACGGUCGCCUUGCCAGGAAGUACAUCUACUGUCUUUAUUGGUCAACCCUGACCCUGACCACCAUCGGAGAAACCCCGCCACCUGUUAGAGACUUCGAGUACCUCUUCGUGGUCGCUGACUUCCUCAUCGGUGUGCUGAUUUUCGCCACCAUCGUUGGUAACGUUGGCGCCAUGAUCUCAAACAUGAACAAAACCCGUGCAGAAUUCCAGGCUAAAAUCGACUCCAUCAAGCAAUACAUGCAGUUCCGUAAGGUCUCCAAGGAUCUGGAGGUCAGGGUCAUCAAGUGGUUCGACUACCUCUGGACGGAGAAGAAGACCUGCGAUGAGAAGGAGGUGCUGAAGAACCUGCCAGACAAGCUGAAGGCCGAAAUUGCCAUCAACGUCCAUCUGGACACCCUGAAGAAGGUGCGUAUCUUCCAGGACUGUGAGGCUGGUCUUCUGAUUGAGCUGGUGCUGAAGCUGCAGCCUCAGGUGUUCUCCCCAGGAGAUUACAUCUGUAAGAAGGGAGACAUCGGCAGAGAGAUGUACAUCAUUAAGGAAGGGAAGCUGGCUGUGGUGGCAGACGAUGGGGUGACACAGUUUGUGGUGCUCAGCGAUGGAGCGUACUUCGGAGAGAUCAGUAUCCUGGGCAUCAAGGGUUCCAAGGCUGGCAACAGGAGAACGGCCAACAUCAGGAGCAUAGGUUACUCUGACCUCUUCGCCCUGUCGAAAGACGAUCUCAUGGAGGCCCUCACUGAGUACCCCGACGCCAAGAAGGCUCUGGAAGAAAAGGGAAAGGCUAUGCUGAUGAAAGACAACAUGAUCGAUGAGGACGUCGCUAACGCGGGCGCUGACCCUAAGGACACGGAGGAGAAGAUCCAAAGGUUGGAGAGCAAUAUUGAAAUCAUCAAGACUAAGUUAGCCAAGAUCAUGGCUGAGUUCACAUCCAGCCAGAGCAAGAUCAAACAGAGGAUCACCAACAUAGAGUCAACAGUCAAGUCAGUCCGGCCCGAGGAUAUAUCUGAGGUGGUGGCCGACAACAAGACACAGUAGUCCCACAACGCAACGUAUUUACCCAGAGACUUUUUCUUUUGAACCUUUAUAUUGACAGGGAACCAUUCUGAGAACAAUGUCUCUUUUAAUGAUGAGCAUGUAAAAAAUACACGAAAAGUGAGACAGAGAUACAAAACACAAUUAUAGAAAACAAACACAUUCUUCAGAAAUGCCCUAGAGGCACCAACUCAUCACAUUUUAGAGAGUUUGGGAGAUUAUUAUAUUCCAUAAAUAAGGUGUAAAAAAACUAAAGCAGAUUUACCUAACUCAGUGGAGAUCAAAUGGAUCUCCAGAGUAAGCUAUCCCGGAGAUCGGGUAUGGUAUCUCUUUCGUCUGUAGGUUAAUAACAAUUAAGUAAGGUACUGCGGAAGUGCAAUGCAUCGAUCUACGAAAUUUCAAAAGAAAGCCAGCUUACUUUAAGAUGAAUGUACACUUCAAACAUUUUUCGCAAUAUUUUUGGAGGCAAUAUUGCAGAGUAAUUCUGCAACUUUUUUCCAUUUAAAAUGAGAAACUUUUUUGUUAUCUGGGG